GGUUCACACAUUUCCGCAUCACGUGAUAAUUCACUGAUACAUUUGGUGUCACGUGAUCCGGGUCGCUGACUGUCCGGGGAAUGAAGCGGCUGCACGGAGGCGUAGAGGGGGGAGGAACCAGCUCAAACGUGGUGCUGAUUGCUGAAGAUGGGACCGUCGUGGCCAAGGGGGAUGGACCUUGCACCAACCACUGGCUGGUUGGAGUGGACAGAUGUUUGUCGGCCAUCAAUGAAAUGGUUGAGGAAGCCAAGAAACAGGCUGGAAGUGACCCUGGAGUCCCGCUCAAGUCCCUGGUAGGUGUUGUCGCCUUGACACUCUCCAAUAUCUCAGCCUCCGCCCUGGAGAACCUACAGAGCCAGCUUGAGCUGUACAUGAAGCCUAGUUAA